UCGCCAUAUCAGACCGGCCGCAUUGGGAAUAAGUAAGUCACCAACGCCAUCGCAUGAGCCAUCGCACCAGCUUCUGCGCCCCGUCGCCACCGUUAUUGCACCACUCCAUCACCCUCGCCAAUAGCCUCCGUGGCACAUCGCUGUUGAACCACCCCGUCGCCCGCGCCAGUAGCCUCCGCGUCGCGUCGCCGUCGAGCCCGCCCAUUGCCCACGCGAGAAACGCGAGAACGCAUCCCCCCGCGACAAAGAGACUCCAGAAGAGAACCCACAUCCACCACGUUCGGCGCUGGCGCCGCCGAAACCUCUCCCACGCGCGUACAUGUUGCUCGUCGUUGGAGAUGCGAGGCGGGCAUAAUGGCGGGCGCUGGCGAUGGCCGCCAUGAUUGCUGCGGCUAUGGCUGUUGCCCGCAUUCGCAGUGGCAGGCUUGCGGCCCCACCAGAUACCGAACGAUAGCUUUCCGUCUAGCCAGGCCAUGAUGGAACGGUUGUGGGAUGAGGUAUACUUGCGGUUGGGCCGUUGCAGAUGCAGAAGGGUAUAUGCGGAAAGCUGGAAUGCGGGAGGUGAGCACAAGCACGACGCACCAAGAAGCACCUGGAAGGCGACAAAGCUUUCACGAAUGGCUCCAAACCGCCCGCUUUUGUUUCCCUGUCAAGCAACAGGUCACCGGCUGCAGGCCCCCGGCCUUUUCACUUCCGCCGCACCAUCAUUCACCCGCCGGUUCCCCUCCCAUCGCUCUAUUUCUUCGCUCAGGCUCCAACCCCCCAUCUCCUCACAACUCGGGCGAGAGCGUUGAGGGCCACCGUCGAUCGCAACCCACGCCCAGCACACCACGCAACGCCGACAUCCUCCAGAGCAUCAUGUCGUGGCGGUCCUGGUUGUGGCCCUUCUCAUCACCAGCCCUCUCUGCCGUCGAGCGCAAUACCAUCAUCGCCGAGUAUUCCGAGCGCAUUACCCAGAGCCAACACGCCCUCGCUUCCGCACAAACCGCUUGGAACCGCGCUCGAAAAGAGGCUGGCGAUGCCUCCGAAGCGGGCAACGAUACCCAGGCCAAGUCCAUCCUGGCAGCCGCACAGGAGCACAAAGCCGCCAUCCUCACCCAGACACGCAUCCACGGCGUCCUAACGGCUACGCGCGAACAGCUAGCCGUGCAGCGCGACAAAGCCGAGAUCGAAGAGACGAUAAAGCAGGCGAACAAGACGCUUCGAGAGUGGAAUGUCGCAGCGAGUCUGGCAAAUACACCACAGGAGGUCGGAGAAUUUGGCGAAACCCUUGCAGUGGCGCGCGGCUUGCAGACCCAGUUCGAGAGGGAGUUCGAACAGCUAGGACUGGGCUCUGGGGACCGGCGAGAUUCGCUUGACAGGGAGUUAGACGAUAUUCGGUCGGAGCGGGUGGUGGAGAGGCUUGCGGACCCGGCGAUGCGGGUGCCAAAGGAGACCGGGGAGCGGGACCUGGCUAGGUUGACGGCGGAGGUCGACGGGGCAUGGGAGGAGCAUCGCGAAGAGAGGAGGGAGGGUUGAAAGUGGUGGGAAUGGAGAAUAGUCGUGAGUGACUGGGUGGGUGUUGAGAGUCUGUGCAGGGGCCCGGAACAGAUUAAGGCGGUUGGCAAAGGUCUUCACUUUCGCCUGCAUUCAGGCUUCCGGCCCCGCUCCAGAGUAUGUAGGUUCAUCUCAAGGAUUGCCACCGUAGUAGAGCACCACGAACAAUUCACCACCUG